CCGACUAUUUAAACCACAUACAGUAUGUCAGAUGCCUACGCUGUGUCUUAACCUGUGAUGUGACAAAGGCAGGCUGGUGUGGCAAGACCUGACUUGACUGCAGGGUGGAUCUACAUAUCUAAAGAGUCACCAGUUCCUUACUGCUCGCAGGUGCCACUCCCUACACAGAAUAGUUUGGAUGGUUCUGGAGCUCCUGUUUCCACAAGGAGUUAAACAAUGACAUUAAGGCAGAAAUGGGUCAAAAUUGUGACCAUUACUUUGAUGCUUUCAAUCGAUUUUCUUGUCGUCAAAGCCAUACAGGUGACGGUCCCGCAGGACACGUAUGAAGUUGCUCGUGGGGACAAUGUCACCCUGCCAUGUUCCUUUACAACCACAAAAAGCGAUCCUCUUGCCGUUGUAACAUGGAGUGUGGAUGCCUCCGAAGACAGAGAGCUCACCAUACUCACCUACUUCAGUUCCGCAAAUCAAAUGGAUGUGAAGAAGGCGUACGAGGGUCGGGUUGGUCUGGACUAUGACAUUUCCAAAGGGCGUGUCAACCUGAAGCUGAACAACGUGAUGCUGUCAGAUAAUAAAAUGUUUGAGUGUAAGGUUCAGAUCCUGGGUGACGAUGAGGGGAAAGUAUCUGACAGCGUCAGGCUACUAGUGCUAGUGGCCCCAUCCCCACCCAUCUGUAAGAUCCAAGGGAAAGCUGAGUACGGGCAGAACAUCAACCUCACCUGUGUGUCAGAAGAGGGCUCCCCGACUCCCACAUACAAGUGGGAUGGACACGACGUCAGAAACACACUUCGAGCGUUACCUCCAACAUCUAAACAGAAGGAUGGAGUUUUGUCUCUCUUCAAUGUAUCCAUGGAAACAUCCGGGUACUAUAUUUGCACAUCUGCCAAUAAAAUCAGACAAGCCACCUGCAACAUCACAGUAUCUGUAAUGCCACCCUCCAUGAAUAUCGGCUCGACCGCAGGGAUAAUCGGAGGUGCCUGUGCCGCUCUACUGAUUCUGAUUAUCGUCAUCUACUGCUGCUGCUGCCGCAAGAAGAAGGGGGAGGAGGAGUACGAAAUGGGAGUGCCGCAAGAAGACUACCAUGACACGGAGCCUACCAAGGAGGGGGCGGAUGUGAACGAGAGGGAUCGACGUGACCGGAUUGAGCGCAUGUCAGAGCGCAGCAACGACGCUGACGCCAGGAGUGACUACAGCCGGCGGGACGACCGCUAUGACGAUCGUAGUGACCGAUAUGACCGCCGUGAUGAUCGCUACGAUGACCGACGUGAUCAAUACGACGACCGGCGUGAUGAUCGCUAUGACGACCGCGAUCGCGAUCGCUACGAUGAUCGGAGUGACCGGUACAAUGACGAUGACCGUUAUGACCGACGAAACAACUCGUACGAGAGGGAAAGACCACCUAGUGUUCCCGCAAACAAGCCCUCGAGAGAUGAUUAUGAUUAAACAUGUCAAAUUGAUUUGGUCAGUCAUUUGACAACAGGACACAGCCUACAGGGUGUUCGGAUAUAUUUUUCAUUAGGCCUACAUCAGACAGGAAAGAAUAUUAACAGGCAGGGUAGGUUCUAGUCAAUUUGGUGCCCUAGGCGAACACCCCCUUUUCCUUUUCAUGCAUUUAGAAAUUUGUAAACACAGUGUUGUACAUCUGAUCGAGCACAGCUGAUCUAUAUGUAGGCUAUACACUGAUUACCCAUGACAAUAAUAAUUGUCAAUGUAAAGUUAAAUGUUUUCUGUAACUUGACACCCUAAUUCUAUGGGGUGCCAAGAAUACAGUAAAUGUGUUGCUCGAGGUCUUGUCUGCCAAUGACUAAUGCCGGCCCCGCAAACAGCAUUGAGCAGAUGGGUCAAAAGUAAACAUAGAAGCUGGCCUAUAUUCAUGACGUAAGAACCUACAAUAGUACAUUAUAUUAUUUUUCAGUUAUUCCACUUGUAGGCCUACCUAAUGAGGAUGAUACUACUGUAACAGUCUGUAGUGACCCUUUAAAAUAAAGAGAUACCAACAAUUAAAAACCCUGCCACAAAUUCGAUCCAAUCCACCCAGAAUCACAUGAUCUGAAAACCUGUACACUGCUCUACAGUAACCCAACUGUCGAACAGUUGCUCAGUUAAAUUCAUGUGUUGGAAAAGCAGGGUUUUUUCACUCAUACUUUUACUUUUGACACCUCUGAGAUUGAGUCCUUAUAUAUCAGUUUUGGAGAGGAAGUAGAAACACAAAAAACAUGAACUACAAAAACACAAUUACUAAAGGUGCAUAGUGACAAUCCGAACACCCUGUACUUUAGCUAUUAGAGUUAUUACAGUACCUGUACACAAAACAAUAACCAGGCCAUCACUCAUGGCUGCAAUAUUUUAACUUUGAAAAUGAGAUUUAAUACAUGUUGAAACAAGGUUGUCCAAAUAUAUUUUGAAAGUUCAUGUACUGAUUAAUCACUCUUAAACACCCUUAUUUCACCAAAGACAAAAAACCGCCAUCAAAUUACAACGAUUUUACUGACAGAAACAGUGCCUCCAGGAAAGAUUAUCAUUCAAAUUUUCAUUAAGAUAACUUGGUCCGUUUUGAUAUUUUGUUUUUAGCCUUUGCUUCAGGAGGGGGCAACAGUAUGCUGGAGCAUUUGGUUACAGUGCCAAUGUAGGUUACGAUCCUGCGCACUGUACAUAUAGUUACUUUGUUCUUGAUGAAUCAUGAUUUCUGGAACCAGGCUUUCACUACAGAUUUGAUGAUAACUUUUAAGUCAAGUCUGAUCAAAACCUGGCAGAAUAGUGUAUAUUGGAAUGGAAUGGAAUUGUAAAUGUCAAUGUUAAAUGUUUUAACUAUAAUGUCUAGCAAUGUUUUAUAAGUGUUCAUUUUUAAUGUUUUGGUGGAAGUGCAUUUAAUGUUUGGUGGUUCUUAAAGGUUGAACUCAUGCUGUACAUAUGUGACUACAACAUUAUUAUUUUAUAUGAAAAUAUUUCCUUAUGUGUAUGUUAUGGUUGCCAAUUAGCAGAAUUUGGUGGUAGAACGUUAGUGAACCUCCCUCCCAAAGCCUCAUACACAUUUAUCGUAAUUGUGCUCUUAUGCUGAACUUCUAAUGUGAUAGGGAGGUCAUGGUUUGAGCCCCAGGUGGUGAACUAGCGUGAACCAGUAUCGUCCGUCACACUGGUGCCGUGACCCAAAUGGGACUGAGGUUUAGGGGGUUCCUCCUGAGGCCUCAUACAGAUGCAAUAGCAGUCAGCUAUUGGUCAGUAGACCUUAAGCUCAAUGGUAUCAUGCCUGUGCUCCCAUGUCAAACUGUUGCAGUAAUUGUGUCGUGAGUUCGAGCACCGAGCACCCAUCUGCAAACUAGUGCAGACGAGAACUGUUACACAUUUGACUUUUAUUUUGGGGUAAUCUAUUUGCUCACGUACUUUUCAUUUUGUCUCAUUUUGAGUGCUGUGAAUAAAAUUGUCCUUAAC